CGGUGAGGUCAUGUUUUCGAAACCACCGACAGAAUAAGCGCUAUUAAUAAACGAUAGAGCCUUGACCACAUGCUUUCUGAAGGGUCUUGCAAUUAAAUUGGCAUUUAGGAUACAGGGAGCGUUGCUGAUAUUUCAAUCGCAGCAGGUUCAUUAAAUUCUGCCUCAUUUGGAUGCUCAGUUAUCAACUUCACCAUGAACAAAAAUAAGCGUGAAAAGGAAUUCUACAGUGUAGAUGUUGGUGAUUCAACAUUCACAGUGUUGAAGCGGUAUCAGAAUCUAAGACCCAUUGGCUCAGGUGCUCAGGGAAUAGUCUGCUCUGCAUAUGACCACAGCCUUGAACGAAAUGUGGCUAUAAAGAAACUCAGCCGUCCUUUUCAGAAUCAAACUCAUGCCAAGCGUGCAUACAGAGAGCUGGUGCUCAUGAAGUGUGUCAACCAUAAAAAUAUCAUUGGCCUCUUAAAUGUUUUUACACCCCAAAAAACAUUAGAAGAAUUCCAAGAUGUUUACCUAGUAAUGGAGCUGAUGGAUGCCAACCUCUGCCAAGUCAUUCAGAUGGAGCUGGACCACGAGCGGCUGUCCUAUCUGCUGUAUCAGAUGCUGUGCGGAAUAAAACACCUCCACUCGGCAGGAAUCAUCCACAGGGAUCUGAAGCCUAGCAACAUUGUAGUGAAGUCAGACUGCACCCUGAAGAUCUUGGAUUUUGGUCUGGCGAGGACAGCCGCCAUGGGUUUGCUGAUGACACCAUAUGUGGUGACUCGUUACUACAGAGCCCCUGAAGUCAUCCUUGGAAUGGGAUAUCAAGCAAAUGUGGACAUUUGGUCUGUGGGCUGCAUUUUGGCAGAAAUGGUCCGUCACAAAAUCCUUUUUCCGGGGAGGGACUAUAUUGAUCAGUGGAACAAAGUAAUAGAGCAGCUCGGAACACCAUCCCAAGAGUUCCUGAUGAAACUCAACCAGUCUGUGAGGACCUAUGUUGAGAACAGACCACGCUAUACUGGAUACAGCUUUGAGAAGCUGUUCCCAGACGUCCUGUUCCCUGCUGAUUCUGAACAUAACAAACUGAAAGCAAGCCAGGCACGGGAUUUGCUGUCUAAAAUGCUGGUGAUAGAUGCAUCCAAACGAAUCUCUGUGGAUGUAGCUCUGCAGCACCCCUACAUAAAUGUGUGGUAUGACCCAGCUGAAGUGGAAGCGCCAUCUCCCCUGAUCACAGACAAACAGCUUGAUGAGAGAGAACACACGGUGGAGGAGUGGAAAGAUUUGAUUUAUAAAGAAGUGCUGGACUGGGAGGAGCGGAUGAAGAACGGUGUGAUCCGAGGUCAGCCAUCACCUCUGGGUGCUGCAGUGAUCAAUGGUUCAUCCCAGCCCUCCUCAUCCUCCUCUAUCAAUGACGUUUCCUCCAUGUCCACAGAGCCCACUGUGGCCUCAGACACAGACAGCAGCUUGGAGGCCUCUGCGGGACCGCUGAGCUGCUGCAGAUGACUAUCACCUUCCUCUGAAGUUUCUCUCUGUGUGGCAUGGUAUCAGAUUUAGGCCAGUCUAAUUCUUUAUUUCGGGUCGAGUAGGGCUUUUUUUUAGUUCUGCUCUAGAUGCUGUAAAUUAUUACACAGUUUAAUCUUUUUAGCGACAUUUUCAAUGCAAAGCCCUAACAGGCUUAACCAGUGAUAGUGAGAUAUUCGAAGCUUCUUAACAAAUCUCUUCUUUUUAUAAGCUACCACUAGAGUAUUUUGUCAUGUUGUCGUAAAGUGAUUUCGGAAGGUAAUCUGUAAAGAUCGAAUUGUGAAUAUAUUUUCUCAAAUUAAUUUAUUUUCCAUUUUUGAGUGUUUUUUUUUUCCCUGGUCAUAUCAGGACAUGGAAAUCCUUAGAAACUAUUAGAAGACUAUUAUAGUAUUUUCAAAUGGACAUAACCCUGUUGCACAAAUUGAUAUCAGCAUAGUAGAGUUACAGUAGUGGCCAUAAAUACUAGCACUCUUGAUGAAUUUGAGCAAAGAAGGCUGUGAAAAAAAAAAUCUGCAUUGCUUAUCCUGAUCUUUCAUUCAAAAUAUUCACAAAAAUCUUUGUGAAUCUAAGUAAGACCAUUGAAACAGGGGAAAUAUAUUUUGUAAUAUAUUUCAUUACAUUAUUACAUUCCAUCAAUACAUUAUUAAAUAAAUAUUUUUCUCCAAAACCCAUUGGCCAUAAUUAUUGGCACCCUUUUAUUCAAUACUUUUUGCAACCUCCCUUUGCCAAGAAAACUGCGUCUUCUCUUAUAAUGCCUAAUGAGGUUGGAGAACACAUGGCAAGGGAUCUGAGACCAUUCCUCCAUACAGAAUCUCUACAGAGCCUUCAAAUUCAGAGGUUGGUGGACUCUCCUUUCAGUUCACCCCACAAAUGUUCUAUGGGGUUCAGGUCAGGGGACUGGGAUGGCCAUGACAGAACCUUGAUUUUGUGGUCAGGGAACCAUUUUUGUGUUGAUUGUGAUGUUUGUUUUGGAUAAUUGUCCUGCUGGAAGAUCCAACCAGGGCUCAUUGUAAGCUUUCUGGCAAAGGCAGCCAGCUUUAAAAAAAUGUAUCUGUUGGUAUUUGAUGGAGUCCAGGAUGCCAUGUAUCCGAACAAGAUGUCCAGUACCUCUGGCAGAAAAACAGCCCCACAACAUUAAUGAUCCUGCACCAAAUUUAACCGUUGGCAUUGGGUAAUUCAUCUCUAAUUCCACUCUCCCCUGAUGAUGGAAUUAGGCAUUUUCAAUACUUUGUCUAUUUUCUUAUAGCCACUUCCCAUUUUGUAAAGCUCAACAACCUUUUGUAUAGUGACGGAGACACUAUACAUAAAAAGGCACUGUCCUUCGGAAAAGACGUUAAACAGAGGUCCUGACUCUCUGUGGUCAUUAAAAACCCUGGUGUCCUGGCCAAAUUCCCCCCAUUGGCCCUUAUCAAUCAUGAACUCCCAAUAAUCGGCUCAAUAAUUCUACUCUCUCCUCUCCACCAACAACUGGUCUUUGGUGAGCAUACUGGCGCACUAUGGCUGCUGUCGCAUCAUCCAGGUUGAUGUUGCACACCGGAAGUGUUUGAGGAGAGUCCCCUGUUCACUUUGUAAAGUGCUUUGAGUGUAGUGUCAGCAACAAAAGCACUAUAUCAAUUUAACGAUCAUUCAUUCAUUCAUUAAUUCAUAUACCCCUGUAAAACAGGAAGUCAUGGCUGAACAAUUUCAUGUUCCUAGUCACCCAGGUGCACUAAAAAAUUUAAAAUAUGAAUGGGAAUAUACUUAGAAUUUCUAGGAGUGCAUAUAAUUGUGGCCAUUGUGUUUUGGAGAAAACAUAUUUAUUUAAUAAUGAUAUAUUUCCUCUCUUUCAAUUGUUUUAUUUCAAUUAAAUGUUAGAUUUUUGUGAUUUUAUGAAAGAUCAAGAGGAAAAACUAUACAGAUUUUUCUUUGCUCAUAUUUACCAAGGGUGCCAAUAUUUUUGGCCACAACUGUAUUUAAGUACAUUGUUGCAUAACUUGCCAAAGUUUUUUCCUGGUCAUGUUUUCCAUAUUUGUGAGCAACACAUUUUAUUUACAUUUUGCACACUUUCAUUUCAAUACUAUCGCUCAUGACAUCAAAAAUAUUUUUAUAUGUAUAAUUUAUUUAUUUUGUCAGUCUGUAUUUCUUUUUUUCAUGAAUAUUUUUGCCGAUUUUGUUAAUUUCUUAGUUGACUGUGAAAUGUGACGUUCUUGUGUGUAUGAUUCUGACGUACCUUGGUUGAAUUGUUCUAGAUCAGGGGUGUCAAAAUUGGUUCCUGGAGGGCCAGACCAGCAGUGUUUAGCUCUAAGUCUAAUUUAACCCACCUGAAGCAGCUAAUCAAGGUCUUCAGGAGUGUUUGAAGAUUACAGGGAGGCAUUUUGGAGCAGGGCUGGAACAAUACCCUGCAGGGCUGCAGCCCUCCAGGAACUGAGUUUGACACCCCUGUUCUAGAUUAUCUUGGAUUUCAGCACCUUUAUUUUUUAUUUGUGUUUUACCCAUACAAAAUAUCUAAUGGAACAAACAUUGAGCAAUGUCUUUCUCUUUUAUAUUCAGUCCAAUUUGUAAUAUGAGCAAGUUAGUUUUGUGAAUUUUGGAUCAUCGAUUCUUGAAGCUGGUGGAUCAAAUUUGUAUUAUUUAUUUUUUUUACACCAAGUGAUGGAACACAGACAAAAGUGUCUGCAUUGGUACAUUUCUAGCAUAUUCUAUUAGUGUCAUUAAGCUACUUAAUAAUUUAUUUUUGUACAACAGUGAAAUUAAUUUAUAAUUUAUUCCCACAUAGUUUGACUUUUUUUGUGUUUCUCCUCCCCCAGAAUGAAGUCUUUAUGGAACGUAACGUAAAUGAACAUGAGCUACUGUAUUGAGGAUUGAGUUAUAGUACGUGUGUGCGUUGUAACUUGUGAUUUUGACUACUUUGGAGCUCUAUGCAAUAUUGGAUGAAAGAUUAAUAUACAUUUGUUUUUUUAAUGCGAGCUAGACUGUUGAAUAGACCUGAAGUAUUACGUGGGAAUCUGAAUAUUGUUGAAUCUGAAUGGGUUUGGCCCAUUGGUUUUAUUUACCUAAACGCAGGGUAAGAUUUUUUAUUUUUUGCCAUUAUUGUAUAUUGUGUUGUUUUUUGUAUGUUUUGUGGAAGUGCUCUUAACAGUGGCAAUGAUAUUUAGCCCUACUAUACAUACAUACCUGGGAGGACUGAGCUACUGUAACUGAACAAGAACAAGCUUCUCAUGUGGUUCAUUUUAGGCAUGGAACAGCCGAUCCAUUUGAGAAUUGAGUCUGAACUACCUCACACUGAUGCCAUACAGCUCACCUUUUAGAAGUAUUACUGUAACAUUUAUUUAUUUUAUUAAGAUAUGCGUGUCAUGUGAUGUGUUAGAAAUAUUUAAGUGUCUAUAGAGUUUAUAAGUGAAUUUGUUAGAAUGUUCUGGAUGUAUAUGUGCAUUCAACGAGUGAGCGUUCUUGUUACGUCUAUGCUGUUAUGUGUGUGUGUUCUUCAGCUUAUGUACUCAAAGCUGAAAAAUUAAUCACCUUAUUUCACACUUGACAUCUAAUUGAAAGGAUUUGGAAGGA